UUUACAGUGCGUGCAGCAAUGGCUCGUAGAACAAUGAUUUCAUCUAUAGAUGUACCAGAUAAUCCAGAGGACUUGGAUAGUCCGGAUAGUAUAGAAGUUGGUACACUGACCAUACAAGACGCCGAAGCUAAAACGCCACAAAAAGAUCUCUGGGAACGUCCUCCACAUUAUUUACCCCAAACACUUCCCGCAGAUAAUACUCCAGUUUUGCAAUUUGAAAUCCUCUCGGCACGUAUUAUGCCACCAGAUGGUGAAGACUUAAAAGUGAAACGUUAUGUCAUCUAUCAGCUAACAGUGCGACAGGAUACACGCACCGCCAUCGAUCCCCAACCGGCAACAAUUGAUAGACGUUACACCGAUUUUCGUGAUAUGUAUCAAAAUCUGAAACGUGAUUACCCACAGCAAAUGUCCAAUAUUGAUUUUCCAAAUAAAGUGCUAAUGGGUAACUUUUCGGCAUCGCUAAUUGCCGAACGGGGCAAAGCUUUUGAAGAUCUUCUCAUGCAUAUAGCACAAAAUUCUACACUGAGAUCAAGUUCAAUAUUUUUGGAUUUUCUACAAAAUAUCGAAUUAACGAAAGCGUGUCAGUUAUUAGAUGAACGUAAUGAUGCCUGUAUUCCGUUGUUGGAGAAUACCUUUAUGCUGUUGAAUAAAAUAUUUAUGGAUCGUUCGAAACCGGUACUGUUGAUAUUGUGCCGUUUGGUGGCAGCUUGUACCAAUUCACCGGUGCCACAUCCAUCGGCAGAGAAAUGGUCGGCAUUGGCCCUAAAUCGUUAUGAGACACUGUGUGAUAUAGAUUUGCUGCCAUUGUAUAUUCCGCUACUGCAUACCUGUGCACAUUUGUGGUGGCAAAAGGGUCGUGAUCAAAAACCCAUCACAGAUCGUUUAACUAAUAUGUCACGUAAGGGCAUCAGUAUUAACAAUAAUCCAACAUUAAUGCAGGCUAUACAUAAAUUAGAUCCACGUUCGGAAACUAUUUAAUAUUUAUUAACUCUGUCGGAAUGUCU